CUAUCUUUUGCAGAUAAUUGGGACCAUUCCUCUUAUGCCAAAUCCGGGGCCAUCGAGUCAGGCAGCGAGUGGCACUCAAGGUCUUCAAGUACAGUCAAUCACCCCCCAGCUCCUGACAAAUGCCCAGGGCCAGAUCAUCGCCACAGUCAUCGGGAACCAGAUCCUGCCAGUGAUCAACACCCAAGGCAUCACACUCUCACCCAUCAAGCCUGGCCAGCAGCUCCACCAACCAUCCCAGACGUCAGUGGCUCAAGCAGCCUCCCAAGGUAAUCUUCUUCACCUAGCCCACAGCCAAGCAUCUACGUCUCAAAGCCCUGUCCGGCAGGCUUCCUCUUCUUCCUCCUCGUCCUCUUCUUCUUCAGCUUUGAGCGUGGGCCAGUUAGUCAGCAAUCCUCAAACGGCAGCGGGUGAGGUGGAUGGGGUUAAUCUGGAGGAGAUCCGAGAAUUUGCCAAAGCUUUUAAAAUCCGGCGCCUAUCCCUUGGCCUGACCCAGACUCAGGUGGGACAGGCUCUCAGUGCUACAGAGGGCCCUGCGUACAGCCAGUCAGCCAUCUGCAGACACACCAUCCUGAGAAGCCACUUUUUCCUACCACAGGAAGCCCAAGAGAACACUAUAGCUAGCAGUCUGACAGCCAAACUGAACCCUGGCCUUUUGUAUCCUGCCAGGUUUGAAAAGCUGGACAUCACCCCUAAAAGUGCCCAGAAGAUCAAGCCGGUGCUUGAGCGGUGGAUGGCUGAGGCUGAGGCCCGCCAUCGAGCAGGUAUGCAGAACCUGACCGAGUUUAUCGGAAGUGAACCAUCCAAAAAGCGCAAGCGGCGCACCUCCUUCACACCCCAGGCCCUUGAAAUUCUCAAUGCCCACUUUGAAAAGAACACACACCCGUCUGGGCAGGAAAUGACCGAAAUUGCUGAGAAACUGAACUAUGACCGGGAAGUAGUUAGAGUAUGGUUCUGCAAUAAGAGGCAGGCCCUGAAGAACACAAUUAAACGCUUAAAACAACAUGAGCCAGCAACUGCUGUUCCUCUGGAUCCCUCAACAGACUCUCUGGAAGAAAAUUCCUAAAGGAACACCCACCCAGAAUCAGAAGCAAACUCCGCAGAAGCUGAACUCCAUCCUUCCGACUUCACCAAACAAUAAAUAAAUAAAUAAAUAAAUAAAUUAAAAGUAAAUUAAAAAUAGCCCUAGUCAUCUACCUUGUUAGUAAAAGACUAAAAAAACCACCAAGUGGACAGAAUGGUUUAUACAUGUCCGUUGGUUUUCCAAAAAAAAAAAUUAAAAUUUUUUGGAAAAUUUUUAAACAAGGAAUGACCCACACUGCAGGUGUGUGAAGUAGGAUAGUUCCUUCUCCCACCUGUCUCCCCCAAAGCCAGUUUUUUAAUGGACUAAAAUCGAACCAAAUAACCACUACUUUUUUGUAUAUCAUGAAAAUGUGAAACAUUUAAGGAAAAAGAAAAACAAAACUAAACCAAAAAAAAAACCCAACAAACCAAAGCUUUGAUCUGUUCAAAGCGAAUACAAGCCUGCCACCUGGAGGAGAGACUGCAUUCUUUCAGGUUUUAAGUGCUGAUUCACUAUGAAACCUAUUAACCAAAGUCAUUGCAAAUGCGAUCAUCAGUCUGCUCUUUUCUGCGUGUAAAGUUGUGUUAUGAAGUUUUACAUUUAUAUUUAAUGGAAAACGAAGAAACCUGUUGUCUCCCAUCUUUCCUACACCACCACCUAAGGAGUGGGUGCCAUUGUAGUAGUGAUUCCAUGAAGCUCACUAUUGGUUUCUAUUUUGUCUGGA